AUGCGGUCCCAAUAUCUAGUUCCCGAACACAACAUAGCUUCAAAUACGCAAUCAUCUUCGUCGAGAACGCCGUUUCUCAUUGACGAGUCGGCCGAAAGUGUAUUUGAGCGGUCUUCCACCAGUGCCAAUCUUCCUGAAGUGGGAAAGGACAGUUCUUUCGGGCCAGACUUUGGCGCCUCGAAGACGGGGGACAUCCUAGCGGAAUUUGACUUUGACACAUUUUUGAAUGAUGGUGACGACAAAUCAACUUUCAAUAUCGACCUAAAUCAGGUCAAGGUUGCGCCGUUCAAGCCAAAUUAA